GUCGCGCACUGAUGAACGCAUCAAUCCUCAUUGCCACGUCUCUUCAGGGCAGCAGCAUUUACAGCAGCAGUAGCCGCCGCCGCCGCGGGGAAAGGGCGACGCGGAGGGAAUUGGGAGGGCUGCGCUACGCCCCCUCCCCGGCCUGGCGGGCUCCCGGCCUGGCGGGCUGGUGGUGAAGACGCUCCGCUCAUGCUGCUGUUGGAGAGGCGAAUUGGGAAAUUGUUACAUAAGAAUCAGGGCAAAAAGUGCCAGAGGUGGAAGAGGUGGAUUGCUUCCUGGUCAUGCCCGGUGGAAGGAGGGGACCCAGCCGGCAGCAACUAAGCCGUUCAGCUUUGCCUUCUCUUCAGACAUUAGUUGGUGGAAACUGUGGCAACGGAACAGGUCUGAGAAAUAGGAAUGGUAGUACUCUCAGUCUUUCUGCUCCUCCUAUCACUGCCCUGAUUACUCCUGAGCCUGUGAGGCACUGCCGAAUCCCAGAGCUCCCUGUGGAUGGAAAUCUUCUAUUUGAAUUCCUUUUUUUCAUCUACUUGCUGGUGUCUCUUUUCAUUCAAUAUAUUAAUAUUUACAAGACCGUUUGGUGGUAUCCAUAUAACCACCCUGCCUCCUGUACAUCACUGAACUUUCACCUCAUUGAUUAUCACCUGGCUGCAUUCAUCACCGUGAUGUUGGCACGGAGGCUUGUAUGGGCCCUCAUCUCUGAGGCCUCGCAGGUUGGUACUUCAUCAGUGAUUCACGAUAUGGCAUUGAUUCUGGCACGUCUAGUUCUACUCACCCUUUGUGUAUGGGUGCUCUGCUGGACUCUGGUCAACCUUUUCCGCAGCCAUUCUGUCCUCAAUCUCCUCUUUCUUGGCUACCCGUUUGGUGUCUAUGUUCCAUUGUGCUGCUUCCACCAAGAUAGUAGAAACCAGCCUCUUUCAACAGACUGCAGCUAUUUAGUGCAGGAUCAACUAGUGGAUGACAGUGCCUCAGGGGUUGGCAGUCUUGUGAAGCCCAAAGAUUUAUUUUCUCUCCUGAGAGAAUCUGUCAAAGAACAGUUCAACCCCUCUGUGACCACUCCGACACACAGCUGUCCCUUGUCCCCAGAUCUCAUUCGCAAUGAAGUGGAGGGCCUCAAAGCAGAUUUUAACCGCCGAAUCAAGGAAGUUCUGUUCAAUUCCCUCUUCAGUGCCUACUAUGUGGCAUUUUUGCCACUGUGCUUUGUGAAGAGCACUCAGUAUUACGAUAUGCGCUGGUCAUGUGAGCACCUAAUCAUGGUUUGGAUCAAUGCUUUUGUCAUGCUCACCACACAACUGCUUCCUCCCAAAUAUUGUGACUUGCUACACAGAUCAGCUGCUCACUUGGGCAAGUGGCAGAAGCUGGAACAUGGUUCAUAUAGUAAUGCCCCUCAACACAUCUGGUCUGAGAGCACAAUAUGGCCACAAGGCGUGCUGGUACGGCAUAGUCGAUGCUUAUAUAAAGCAGUAGGACCUUAUAACGUAGCUGUGCCUUCAGAUGUCUCUCAUGCUCGCUUUUAUUUCCUCUUCCACCAUCCCUUACGGCUUCUCAAUCUGCUGAUUCUCAUAGAAGGCAGUGUGGUCUGUUAUCAACUCUACUCCCUGCUUCGUUCAGAGAAGUGGAACCACACACUCUCCAUGGCCCUGAUACUCUUCUGUAACUACUAUGUCUUAUUUAAACUCCUGAGAGACCGAAUAGUAUUGGGCAAGGCCUAUUCUUAUCCACUCAACAGCUAUGGGUUAAAAGCCCAUUAGUCAUCUGAGGAAGGGAAGGAUAUUUUCAUACAGUUAUAUUUUUUUCCUUGCAACUGUUUAUAAAUAUUUAAAAAAUAUUUUAUAUUUUGUAUACUACUGUUUUUUGUGGGGUAGGGAAGGGCCAAGUGGCAGUUAAAUGUCACCUUAUAAACAAGGUUAUUUUAUAUAAAGACAUCAUUGUGUAUAUACUGUAUAUCAACAUAUAUCUAUGUGAAGCAAGAACAUUGUUGUGUGGUCCCUUUAUCUACUGUGCAUGCAGGUUAGCCAUCAUCAGUUUUAUAUAUAGGACUUACCUAUUUGCUAUACAUCCAGCCAAAGGUGGCCAUUACUUACAGUUGUGGACAAAACAUGGGCAACUUCCUGGAUCCCUUUUUAUAAUCAGUUUUUUUUUUUAAAGAUCAUGCCAUCAUAAAAAAACCUUGCCAAAAUUUUUAUGUUUAAAGCAUUGAAAUGGUAGUGGUGUGCUUCAAUUUGUUUUAAAUUUCUUUACAUGACAAAGCUCCAUCCCCCUCAUAUUUAAAGAAUAAUUUUAAUAACACCAUCAAGCACAUAGAGCAAUAAAAUAAAAUAUUAUUAUUCAUCACAUGGUGGAAUAGCCAAAAUCAUGUUUUGCACAUUAUUGAGCUAUACAGGUAAACCUCAAGUUAGGAAUGUAAUGGAGCCUGUCAAUUACAUUUGUAACUCAAGGAUUCGUAGGAGUGAAUCACAUAACCUGAACAUGAUCAUUCCCUGCUUUUGCCCACGCGUUCACUAAUUGAAUAUGUGGGUUAUUAAGUG